UUGAACUGGCCCACGCCCCUAGGAUUUGGGAGCUCCGCAGCGCUCCUAUGCGCAUUCGCGUCAUCGCCAAAAUCCAAUGUCUUCUUCAACACAAAACCUUCUCAAAAUCCUCCUCAGAGACUCCAACUCUAUCAAGUCCUCGUCCCAAGCCAAACAACUCCAUGCCCAAAUCAUCCUCGGGUCCACCAACCCCAGCACUCCCGCUCUCUCUUACAUCUCCACACUCAUUUCUGUAUACUCAAAUUUGAACCUUUUGCACGAGUCAGCCCUCCUUUUCAACAACCUCCGCUCACCGUCCUGUUCCGCCUGGAAAUCCAUCAUCAGGUGCUACACCUCCAAUGGCCAUUGUGCUCAAUCCCUAUCUGUUUUUACGAGAAUGAUGGCUUCUUGUGCGUACCCUGAUCACAAUGUCUUUCCUUCUGUCAUAAAAGCGUGCACCUUGUUGAAGGAUUUGAGGCUUGGUGAGACGGUCCAUGCCUGCGCCAUCAGGCUUGGUGUCGACUUUUAUUUGUAUACAGCUAAUGCAUUGAUGAAUAUGUAUGCUAAACUUCAGGGCCUAAAUGGGGGUAAUGGGCAGGGAAUUCAUCUCUGCAACAUGCUCGACGGAAUGCCUGAGAGAAAAAGUAAUAGCGAACUUAGGAAUUGCUUUGCUAGUUCUCUUCGAUUUACUGAUAGAACUCCGUGCAAUUAUUAUGGGAACUCUACUACAGGAGAGGCUACUUGUGAUGAUUUGAAUAAUAAUAAUAAUAUUCAUGAAUGCAAAUACGAAUUGGAGAAACCGUUGGUAGGUAUUGAUGAUAAUGCCAAAGAGAAUCAAGUCAGUGUUAUGUUACCGAUGGACAGUGUGAGAAAGAUAUUUGAGACAAUGCCAAGAAGGGAUGUCGCUUCCUGGAAUAUUGUGAUAGCUGGGAAUUCACAAAAUGGGAUGUAUGAAGAAGCUCUUAUAAUGAUUAGGGAGAUGGCAAAUGCAAAUUUGAAGCCUGAUAGCUUCACUUUGUCAACUGUUCUUCCUAUUUUUGCAGAGUAUGCAGAUGUUGUUAAGGGUAAGGAGACUCAUGGGUUUGCCAUAAGGCAUGGGUUCGAUAGGGAUGUCUAUAUUGGAAGUAGCUUAAUUGACAUGUAUGCAAACUGCACCAGAGUGGAAGAUUCAUGUCGGGUUUUCAAUUUAUUAACUCAACGUGAUGGCAUCGCCUGGAACUCUCUUAUUGCAGGGUGUGUGCAAAAUGGUUUCUUUGAUCAAGGGCUGAGAUUAUUUCGGCAGAUGUUGGAGGCAAAAAUUAAGCCCAUGCAUGUAUCCUUUUCUAGUAUCAUGCCGGCUUGUGCUCACUUAACCACACUACAUUUAGGAAAGCAACUCCAUGGAUACAUCAUUAGGUGUGGAUUUGAUGCUAAUGUGUUCAUAGCCAGCUCACUUCUGGACAUGUAUGCCAAGUGUGGACAUAUUAGGAUUGCUAAGUGGCUUUUCGAUAAAAUGGAGGUACAUGAUACAGUGUCAUGGACAGCCAUAAUUAUGGGAAAUGCAUUGCAUGGACGUGCCCAUGAAGCCAUUUCCUUAUUUGAACGGAUGCAAACAGAGGGGGUGAAACCCAAUUAUGUAUCAUUUAUAGCUGUAUUAACUGCUUGUAGUCAUGCUGGACUGAUAGAUGAAGCUUGGAGAUAUUUCAAUAGUAUGACGCAGAAUCGCGGGAUUGCUCCAGGCUUAGAACACUGUGCUGCCAUGGCAGACCUUCUUGGUAGAGCAGGAAAAUUGGAGGAAGCUUAUAAGUUAAUCUCUGGCAUGAAUUUUGGGGCAAUGGGAAGUGUUUGGUCAACAUUGUUGUCUGCUUGUCGAGUCCACAAAAAUGUUGAAUUGGCUGAAAAGGUUGCUGAAAAAUUAUUUAGGGUGGAUCCUCAGAAUAUUGGAGCUCAUAUUCUUUUGUUCAACACAUAUUCAGCUGCUCGGAGAUGGAAAGAUGCAGCAAAGUUGAGAACUACAAUGAGGGAUAAGGGGAUGAAGAAGAAACCUGCUUCUAGUUGGAUUGAAGUUCAUAACAAGGUGCACGCUUUUACUGCAGGAGAUACAUCCCAUCCAUAUUAUGAUAAAAUAAAUGAGGCCCAAGAUCUUCUGUUAGAGCGGAUGGAACAAGCAGGGUAUGUUCCUGAUACAAGAGAGAUCAUUCAAGAUGUUGAUGAGGAGCAGAAGAGACACUUACUAUUUCGUCACAGUGAGAGACUAGCCAUAGCAUUUGGCCUUAUUAGCACUCCUGCUGGGAUGACAAUUCGGGUAACAAAGAACCUUCGGGUUUGUGUGGACUGCCACACAGCGAUCAAAUUUAUAUCAAAGAUAGUACAGAGAGAGAUAAUUGUUCGGGAUAAUAGCCGUUUUCACCAUUUUAAUGAUGGAAGGUGUUCUUGUGGAGACUAUUGGUAACAGGGCAUAGUUAAUUAAAUUUAUCUCAAGACAUAGCUCGAUUAAUACAGUACCAUAAUUUGUAGGCUCAUUUUGUUUUCUGAUAAGAAAUUCAAAGUCACCUUGAUUGACACAGUCUGAGAACAUGUAGCAAUGACAAAGGUUCAGAACACAACAGUGGCAGCCGAUCAGGGAAAUUCCUGUUUCACCUAUCCCUAAGCAAGCUGCAAGAGAAUGAAGGUACUUUGAGAAUAAGUGUUCGGCUGUUGCAGCACGGAUGGAGCAAGCGUUGGAGAGUGGAGUAUUCUGGUGCCAACACCACAGCCACAGGUAUCAACCAUGAAGAGGUUUGCAGCAGCCAUAUCUAGCUCCAGUGCUUCUGAUUAUCAUACAAAAGGUACCAAGCAUAGAAGAUCCAGGACCCAAUUGCACCAGUGGGGUACCUUAAAUCUGUAAGUUACAUCUUGGCAUUGUAUACGGUAAAUCCGUCUGUCGUAACUGAAAGAUGAUUCUCUUUUCUUUUAAGUUAUAUUUAAUUUGUAAAGCUCUAAGCACAAAUAGAGGGUGAUGUUAGGCCAACAGUUUGGAAGCAAACUCAUUUUCUCACCAAAUGUUUCAACAGAUGAUGAUUGGUGUUAUGGGCCCUCAACAAUUUAUUUUGCCUAAUCAUAAGCAAACAUAUGAA